CUUCACGUCUCCCGUGCACAUCAUAUGACAGAAGCCCGAUGGACGACUUGGCCUGGCUGGAUCUUCUCGAGUGCCCCGUGUGCUUCGAGAGGCUGGAGGCCACCGCCAAGGUCCUGCCGUGCCAGCACACCUUCUGCAAGGCCUGUCUCCAGAGGAUCCACAGCUCCCGGAAGGAGCUCCGGUGCCCGGAAUGCAGGACUCCGGUCGCCUGCGGCAUCGAGGAGCUGCCCGUCAACCUGCUGCUGGUCCGCCUCCUGCACGGGAUGAAGCACGGGCAGAGCGACGCCAGGGCUGACGGUGCCCGCGCCCACCAGCCGUCCCCGAGGCGAGAGCAGGCCCGGAGGGCCGGGGACCUCGGAGAAGGGGUGCCGUGUGCCAGAGCCCUGUACCCAUACGGUGGUCAGAAGCCGGGAGACCUGAGCUUCACAAAAGGCGACGUCAUCACUCUCCACCGGCAAGUGGAUGACAACUGGUACUACGGCGAAAUCAACGGGACUUGUGGCAUCUUUCCUCUUAACUUUGUGCAAGUCGUCCACCCGCUACCUCAGCCCGUGCCUCUUUGCAAAGCGCUGUACGACUUUGAUCUGAAGGAGAAAGACCAGGAAGCCAGGAAAGGCUGUCUCUCGUUUCUCAAGAAUGAUGUUCUUAAAGUAAUCAGGAGAGUGGAUGAAAACUGGGUGGAGGGUAAGCGAGGAGACAAAGUUGGAAUCUUCCCCAUCUCAUUUGUUGAGAUGAACGCAGCGGCAAAGCAGCUGAUGGAAACCAAAACCUCUGACCCGAAAGGCUCCCCCAAGCGCACGGAAGGGUCACGGAAGGCCGAUAAAGAGGACCCGCGUCGUACGGGCGGCUUGAACGUGUUCAGUCGAAUCGCGCUCCCGUCUCCCGACCACAAGCCCCUGCAGAUCAGCGCUCCGGUGCUGGUCAGCUCCAGCAACCCUUCCGUCAUGGCUCAGAUUGCGAAGAGAGUGGCUCCGUGUGGCUCCACCGCCCAGAUGCGCUGUGACACCGCUGAAAUAGGUGCCUCUGUCUCAGGCACGACGGACACGGAUUCACAACCUGCCCCAGUCUCAUCCAAACCAACAAACCCAAAGCCACAAGCGCCUGUGUACGUUUCCUUAAUGUCUCACACUGUUCCAAGAACUGGACAGGUGGGAGCACAGAGGAGCGAAAUACUCCGAGCAUAUGGGAUCUCUCCGGUUGGAUGGACCAGAGGGAACCCCACGAAAACAGUCAAAGCUGGGAACCUGACUGGCAAUUACUCUGUGCUCGGCAGCAGCAGAAACGCUUGCGGAAUCACUGAGUCAAAAGUGCGCCCGACGACGGCUAACCUGGGAGGUGGAGGUGAUCAAACCAGCAGCCUGUCCGCCGUGGGGAACCCACAAGAGAAAGGGUCCGCGCCUGAGCCCGGCCUGGCCGCCCAGACCAGCCCUGGCAAGAGAAGAACUGAACCCAUGUCACCACCGCUUCCCACAGGAGAGAUGACAGUGAGGUGCUUGUGUGGGGCAGGCUACAGGGCUCACGUCCACCGGCCGACCCUUGUGGUGCCUCCGAUUCAGUCCCAGAGUGUCUUGAGCAAGUGUGUGCCAGCUGUUGUGGUGCAAUCGCAGCCUCACUCAACCCACCAGCUGCUUCACCCAGUCAUCGUCCAAGCCGCCUGUUCCGUAGCUGCGAUGGGCAUGUACAGAGCCCACCAGCCCGCCAGAACCAUUGCCGACGGUGCUCCUGCGGCGCCUCCUGGUGGUAGCAGCACGGUGGUACUGAAACAGCAAGAGGUCCCCACCUGCGCACCUGCGAGGAGAUGUCUCGUACCGGGGUCAGACUCCUCGCCUUCAGCCUCACAUCACGGAGACGACAGUGGAAAGACUAGCAACGCGGCCAGGGCCAGAGCGGAAACUUUCCCGCGCCCCCAAAGUGCUGCAACGGUCAUCAGGAAUGCUUUCCAAGCGACCGCCAAGUGCGUCCCAAUAGUGAGGCCAGUCAAACCCGAGCAGGCGGCUGGAGAGCCGACCGUACAGGUCGUGCCUCGUGUCUCGUGCCCAACCGGGAGUGACAGGCGAGGACCUGCUCAAGGCCAAGUGGAACACAGGAAGACGGGAUCGUGGGAUUCGUGCUAUCAGUGCAUCUCCCCCUCCCGCCCUCACAGUUCGGCCACUGCAGAAUCCCCGAAGGCCUCGCAAACGCAUGCGAUGUGUUUCAACAGAUGUAGAGUGGUGUUUCCCUAUCCAGCCCAAGGUGAGGCAGAGCUUGAUCUACAGGAAGGCGACAUCUUGCUGGUUCACAGGAAGCAUCAGGAUGGCUGGUUUCAGGGGACCCACAAGGAGAGCGGCAAGAGCGGGCUGUUUCCUGGAAGCUUCGUGGAAAAUUUACAAUAACUGAAACCCAAGGACGCAAAGGGAUUGCCCUUUCCUUUCCUCGUCCGAUCGCUACUUCAAAGAAACGUGCAUUUUAUGCUUUCCGUUAUCCUUCCUCACGUUCCCUGCGCCCCCGGUCCAAAUUUACUCCCAACUCCAAGUUAUUCGCCCGCAUGUCUUAUCGUGGCCUAUGGCGCAGAUCAGCGGCCGCGACUGCUGCGUAAAUAACAACGUUCAAUUCAUUUCCACCUCAGACGCUUGUGAGAUAUGUCAGUCCUAAGAUGAAAGGCGCUUAAGAGCGAGUGCAAGUUCUUAACGGUUCAAAACUAAAAGGGAUGAGGCACACCUCUCCACAUAGCGCUGCGCACACGACGGGAUCAAGCACAUUGCCGUAUUUUCCGCUCACAACUUGCACAAGGGAGACGCAGCAGUAACCUGCACAUCAUCCCAUUAGUGCGAGCGGCGCUGGAGAGGAGGCGGGAGAGCUCCCUACCGCCACCUACUAGAGCACAAAUGCAAGCAGUCCAAAUUGAUUCAGCCUCUGCUAAUAUCUGUCCCCUAGACAGCUCUUCCUAAGCUUUUAAAAGGACCAUUACAUGUCAUCGAAGAGCCGGUGACCGCAUUAAAAGUACCGGACGUCUAGAGCUGGUAAGUGCAACUCUACCGGACUGCUUAGCUUCCAGUGAGCAGAACUCCUUUUACCCCUCGGGAAAAGGACACUUUUUGGCAAGCGUGAAUUUGACGCUGACAAAGCACUGCAAACUAGAUCCCACGUAUUAUUGACAUCAGUCACCAGGUGGUCUCAGAGUCUCUUCAUUUGCUACAUAGCCUACAGCGGAGCCUGGAUCCCAAAUGACUUUUGCUUCCCCUUGACGAGAGCUCGUUACAAAGCUUGAUUCGAGGCAGACAUAAGGAGCGGACGGACAAACCGAGACUGGGGUGACCGAUCUCAGCUACGUCACUGUCGGAGGCUGCAUGGCAAUGUCUGUACUUCUGAUGUGUUUGUACGUGUUUUAAUCGAACUGUGUGAAGAGGGUGGCAGGCUCUGUGAAGCGCUUUGAGACGUCUCGAAGACGUGGUAAGGCACUAUAUCAAAUACAAGGAUUAUUAUUAUUAUUAUUAUUAAUGUGUUGUUUCAGUGUAAAAGUAGAUGUAUCUGCGGGGGAAUUGUCAACUGCACAAGCAGCAGAAGAUUGUACCGUAAUGUAGCACUGAAGAUCCCGAUUAUUGUGUAUAAACACUG